GGACUGGGAGGAGCGCCAAUUGGUGGAUUUGGCAGUGGAGCAGUUGGUGGACUGGGAGGAGCGCCCAUUGGUGGAUUUGGCAAUGGAGCAGUUGGUGGACUGGGAGGAGCGCCCAUUGGUGGAAUCGGCGGCGUUGGUGGAUUCGGCGGUGGAGCAGUUAGUGGAUUUGGAGGUGGAGCAGUUGGUGGACUGGGAGGAGCGCCCAUUGAUGGACUCAGCGGAAUUGGUGGAUUCGGCGGUGGACUAGGAGAAGGAACCUUUGGUGGCUUUGGUGGAGGAUCCUUUGAUGGGCUUGGCGGGCCGGUGGGUGGAUUAGGCGUGGGAGGAGCGGGGCCAGUCGGCGGGGUGGGCGUGGGAUCCUUCGCUGGAAACGGCGUCGGCUUCAGCGGCGGGUCCUUGGGCGGUUCCUUCGGCGGGUCCUUCGGCAGGGCAGGCGUAGCCGGAGCCUCUCUUGGUGCUGGAUCCCUGGGAGGUGGAUCGUUCGCCAGACGCUUUGGUGGAUCUUCCUUCUAGGCCUCCCGGGGUGUCUUUAGAGCAUGCUCGCAGCUUUCCCCCAAGGCAGGAGUGCCUCUGGCUGUCUGUGCCGACCGCCACUUGUUGUUACGGAAAAAAAUCUCUAUUUUGUAUUUGAUAAAAUAUACACUAGAAAUACU